AGUCUGGCUCCCUGGUGAGGGCGCUGGUCUCUCUUGGGUGUGGGAGAAGGGAGAGGUAGAGAGAACGGGAAUCGCAUUUAGAUCACAGACAAAAAGAAACCAGGAAGUAAGGAGAAAUUAUCACAGUCGGUUCAUAGCUCAGGAUGUUAAAGGCAAUAGCGUCCGCUGGUUGGUUAUUCAUUAGCGAAAAAGAAAGAGCAGUGGGGGUCAGGACUGAUCAAACUACAGAGCCAGGCUUGAAGCAGGGAGAGAGCUCCUGGGGAAAGCAAGACGUGGAGAUCUUACCUGGAGUUAACACCUUUCUCUUGUUAACUUUUCCUUGGGACAAAAGGCAAAGACGACUCUUUUCUGUUCUCAGACGUUUGUCUAAAUAAAGCCCUCUGAUUUUUAUUUUUGUUGUGGGAUUCCUAAGCAGACAAGAAGAAAAGGCAUCUUCCCACCGAGCAGCUGUUCAGCUCUCACUCUCUUGAGCUCCGGGGCAGCAGCCACGGCCACAGAAAGCAAGCCGGUGAGUCUCUCCAAGCAGGACUUGCCGCGGCCAGGUCUGCCGGACUGUUGCAAAACAGGGCUUUGCACACUCACCAAAGCCUGGUGAGUUGGUGCUGAUUUCAAAGUCGCCUGGUGGAGGAAGAGAACGUGGAUCUGCAGAGACUAAGGGGAGAAGGAGAAGCCACUCUCUCCUCCUCCCCACCAGGGCACCAUGGGCAACGUCUGCCUGAGGCUCCGGGGGUACUUGGAGCCCUGUCUCCCCUGCUUGUCCCGGGAGGCAGACAAGCCGGUAGUGAUUGAGAACCCAGGGGCCCGCCCCUCCCCUGAUGCUCCCCGGCCACAGAGGCGGGAGCCCGAGAGAAGCCGCUACUUUGUGGCACUGUUUGAUUACCAGGCUCGGACUGCAGAGGACCUGAGCUUCCGCGCGGGCGACAAGCUCCAAGUCCUGGACACUUCCCACGAGGGCUGGUGGUUCGCCAGGCACUUGGAGAGAAGGGCAGACGGCUCCGGCCAGCAACUGCAGGGCUAUAUUCCUUCUAACUACGUGGCUGAGGACAGGAGCCUCCAGGCAGAGCCGUGGUUCUUUGGAGCAAUCAAGAGAGCAGAUGCGGAAAAACAACUAUUAUAUUCAGAAAAUCAGACGGGCGCCUUUCUCAUCAGAGAAAGUGAAAGCCAGAAAGGAGAAUUCUCCCUCUCAGUUUUAGAUGAAGGGGUUGUGAAACACUACAGAAUCAGAAGACUGGACGCAGGGGGCUUUUUCCUCGCCCGAAGGCAAACCUUUUCAACACUGAAUGAGUUUGUGAGCCACUACACCAAGACAAGUGAUGGCCUGUGUGUCAAGCUGGGAAAACCAUGCUUAAAGAUAGAAGUCCCAACUCCUUUUGACUUGUCCUAUAAAACUGUGGACCAGUGGGAGAUCGACCGCAACUCCAUACAGCUUCUGAAGCGAUUAGGAUCCGGUCAGUUUGGCGAAGUGUGGGAAGGCCUGUGGAACAAUACCACUCCAGUAGCAGUAAAAACAUUAAAACCAGGUUCAAUGGAUCCAAAUGACUUUCUGAGGGAGGCACAGAUAAUGAAGAACUUGAGACAUCCAAAGCUUAUCCAGCUUUAUGCUGUUUGCACUUUAGAAGAUCCAAUUUAUAUUAUUACGGAGUUGAUGAGACAUGGAAGUCUGCUAGAAUAUCUCCAAAAUGACGCUGGAGCUAAAAUUCAUCUGACUCAGCAGGUAGACAUGGCAGCACAGGUUGCCUCUGGAAUGGCCUAUCUGGAGUCCCAGAACUACAUCCAUAGAGAUCUGGCUGCCAGAAAUGUCCUUGUUGGUGAACAUAAUAUCUACAAAGUGGCAGAUUUUGGACUUGCAAGAGUUUUUAAGGUAGAUAAUGAAGACAUCUAUGAAUCUAAACACGAAAUAAAGCUGCCGGUGAAGUGGACUGCACCUGAAGCCAUUCGUGCUAAUAAAUUCAGCAUUAAGUCCGAUGUGUGGUCAUUUGGAAUCCUUCUUUUUGAAAUCAUUACUUAUGGCAAAAUGCCUUAUAGUGGUAUGACAGGUGCUCAGGUAAUCCAGAUGUUGGGUCAAAACUAUAGACUCCCUCAACCGUCUAACUGCCCACUGCAAUUCUACAACAUCAUGUUGGAGUGUUGGAAUGCAGAGCCUAAGGAACGGCCAACAUUUGAGACACUGCAGUGGAAACUUGAGGAUUAUUUUGAACCAGAAUCUUCAUAUUCAGAUACAGAUAACUUCGUAAGAUGAACACUGAAACACAUCAAAUAAUGAAGCAGCAAUAAAGUUCAAUAAUCAGACCCAAAAUGCAACCUUAUUAGCCAAUUGCGAAAUGAGAUUAUCUUGACAUAGUCAAGUGAUGGGGUAAAUUUGGCCACGUAUUAUAAAAAAGAUUAUUUGUGCAUUUUAUUGACUGGGCAACACUGCAGGGCAUUCUACGAUGAUUUAUCAUUUCCUCACGGCCUGACAAAAUGAAAUGCACUAAACAAAGUUAUUUUUCUUUUUAAAAGAUACUUACAUUUCUAUUUAUUGUUUGAAAUGCCAAUCAAGAGGAUCAACAGAUGACAGUCAAUUUUUACUCAGUGACUGUUGUAGCAUUUUCCUGUUUACUGAUUAAAAUGGUUAUUCAUUAUUCCUUGGAUUGCUGAAUCCCAUCAGGCUGUUAUUAUGAAGGGAUUUGAUUGCUUUGCUGCACAGCAGGACCUGUGCUUUGAGAUUUUUUUUCUCUUUUAAAAUAUCCUGUAACUACAAUGAUAGUGAAACCACGUUAAAUGACUUGAUUGUACUGGAAUAAUUGCACAUAUUUUUUUUCCUAUGCAUAAAAAUUGAAGCAGCUGUUGAGAAAAAGAAUUAAAAUCUGUCUCAUUCUGUGGAAGGAAAUGAUGGAGUUUUUCUAUACCUCAGUUUGUGUCAUCUGAGAAUCAUCUAAAUUCCUUUUAAUCUCUUAAUGUUAGGAAUCAGAUUGUAAAGCUGAUGAGUUAUUAUCUAUGACAAUAUGCAAGAAACAUCUAAUAGCCUGCAAGAUCGGAGAAAUAGGUAUCAAAAUACUUUAGGAAAAUGAGAGUAGAGCAGUAGGAUGUUAUGGCCUAGGAUUUCUGAAUAAUUAAAAAAAAUGUACCUUUGGCAUAAAGGCCAGAGUUUUAAAUUGACUACAAAGCAGGUCCAGCUCUGUUUCAGAUCUAGAGAGUAGGAAUAAUGUUUGACCUUGGUUGUGAAACUGCAUCUUCUGUCUGGAAGGACCAGAGGGUUUUUACUCAUCUUAAGUUUGCAUUAACCUUUGUAAGAAUGUUACUGUUUUAAGCAAUGGGUGCAUCAAAUUCUGUGUCUCGUUAGAUAAUUAGGGAAAGUUCUCAAAGGUGGUUUCAAAAUCAGACAUAUAGUCAAAGAUCUUCUGAUGUGCAGCAAUGUGAAUGAAACAAGUCACAAGCAAACAAUAUUGUGAGUAUAUUCUCUCAUCUUGAAAGGGGAGGAAGAGCGUAUCUAAACAGUUACAGAAACCCUAAUACAAAGUAGAUUAAGGACUAAGUAAAUCUGUAAACUCUCUGACUGGAAGACAGGAGGUAGAGAGGGUUCCAGUCACAAGCCGUUAGCAGUUCAAUGGUGUUAACAAAUGCCCCAUUUCUUUCCCACCCUUCCCUCUGCCAUCUGCGUUGUCCUCAGUCCCACGGUUACAGAUGGCCAUCAGUAGCAACUGGGACACCCUCUUCUCUUCACCUAACAGGAGAAAAUGGGAAACCUCUCUCUCUGCAUUUUCAGCUUGCAUAAAAAAUCAUUCUUCUUCUGUUCAGGUAAAUUGGGGUCAAAUGCCCAGCCUUGGACCAGUAAUAGACUUAGUGUGAAUGUUAUGUGCUGAUUGGCUUAGAAUAAGUUUUGCCGCUGAAGCUGGGAAUAUGGUCAACUUUCCUGGAGACAAGUUGGGAGGUCGGCUUAGCUGAUGAAAUUAGAGAAGAUUAGAUGCUGAAUGGUGUCCAUAAGGAGAAAAUCCCCUGAGAUGAAGCAGCUCUACUAUAUAUAUAUAGCAGGUAGGUGUGUGUACAUAUACUCAGACUUUUCUGAAACUAAAAUGGGUCAUGUGGAGCUAAUGAUUAUAGAGCCCCUUGGUUCCUUUAUGAACAGCAAAUAUUUGUAAGAUAAGGCCAACGUUAAUCUUUCUAAUUAGGUGACUAUGUAUAGGACAACUUCAAUUAUUUAUUUAAAGUCAUUGGGUCUAAUGCGAUCAAGGAGCAUAUUAUAAAUAACCAGUUAUUAAAAAUUAAAAAUAUAGCUCAUUUUCUACAAGUUCAUUACUUGGAGUUCAAUCCUGCUUGAACAUAUAUAGAAAUUAAUUGAAAUAUCCCAUUUCAUUGUGAAAA